AUGUCAGCCUCGGCCUCGUUGCAGCGCCUCCCAAGAAUAUGGAGUACUCGCCUCUUGUCUUCAUACUCCACUGCGAGCAGAAGGAACUUGUUUCAAAUUAACUUGACCAGGAAAGGUAUUACCGCACCACUCAGUUUCGCUCGACAGAGUCAGCAGCACUCCACCGUUACCUCACAAUCAUGGAUAUUGAAGCCGGAAGCACGGCUUGAGGAACUGAGCCACCUCGGAAUCACGCCUUAUCCCAGGUACCAGCCGCCGAAAGUGCCUCUUGUUCAGGUUCGGGAUGUCAUUGCAGAAUACCAAGAUGCACUCGAGAACGGAACCAAAGAUGAAUCAAAAAAGGUUUCCAUAAGUGGACGUAUCUAUUCAAAACGUGAUUCAAGCUCAAAGCUGGCGUGGUUUGAUCUUGUUCAGGAUGGUCAUUCGAUCCAGGCGGUAUUCAACCGCAGGAUCUAUGCUGGAAGUGACCAGGACUUCGAGUUGGCAUUCAAGAAUUUUCACCGCGGCGAUAUCGUUCAGCUCACAGGACAUGUAGGGAAGACCAAGACAGGGCAAUUGAGUGUCUUUAUUACCGAUGCAUUUGAGCUUCUUUCACCGUGCCUGCAUUCCAUUCCUACCCGCUCCGGGCUCAAAGAUCCAGACAAGCGGUUCAGGAACAGACAUUUGGACUUUUUGGUUAAUCGGGAUGCACUCGAAAUUUUAAAAAAAAGGCGCGAUAUGAUUGCGUUCAUCAGGCGCUUUUUCGACAGCCGCGGCUUUUUGGAAGUCGAGACACCCAUUUUGUCCACUCAGGCUGGAGGAGCAAAUGCAAAGCCGUUUAUAACUCAUGCUAAUGCGCUCGAUAUGGAGAUGCACAUGCGUGUAGCUCCGGAACUGUAUUUGAAGCAACUUGUUAUCGGAGGUGUAGAUCGAGUGUACGAGCUAGGAAAACAGUUCCGAAACGAGGGUAUUGACGCAGAUCAUAACCCAGAAUUCACUACCUGUGAGUUCUAUCAAGCAUACACUAAUCUCGAAGGAUUAUUCGACAUGACUGAAGUCAUGCUUCAAGAGAUGGCUGAAAGCGUUACAGGGUCGACCAAAGUCUCAACUAAACUUACAAAGGAUGAAACUGUUGAGGUGUCGUUUGAGAGGCCCUUCCGACGGAUAAACAUUAUGGAGUUUUUGGAGGAGAAGCUGGAGAUCACUUUCCCUGAUCUCGACAACAAUCCAGUGGCCGAGCUACUUGAGAUAUGCAAGAACAACCGAGUGUUUGUCCCGGAACCGCACACCGUCCCUCGCAUCAUGGAUAGGAUUAUCUCGCAAUUCAUCGAACCAGAGUGCAUUCAGCCAACGUUUUUAUGGGGUCAUCCCGUUAUCAUGAGCCCACUCGCUAAAGACAUCAAACUGGACUCUGGACGAACUGUAGCAGGGCGCUUUGAGUUGUUUGUUGCCGGAAAAGAGAUCGUGAACGCGUAUGAAGAGCUGAACGACCCGGUCCAGCAAAGAGAUCGAUUCACGAAGCAACAGCAAGACAAAGACAGUGGAGACGAAGAGGCCCAGCCUAUGGAUCAGGCGUUUUGCGGGGCGCUUGAAUACGGACUUCCGCCGACAGGAGGAUGGGGUAUGGGCGUUGACCGCGUCUGCCAGAUCUUGACGGGUUCCAGCCAUAUCCGCGACGUACUUGCCUUCCCUACCAUGCGCACACUGAAGCCGGCAGCGUUGGAUGUCGAGUGUCCUGUAGUUUAA